AAGGCUUUUAUUUGUUAUUAUUUGAGUGUUUGUGUGUCAAUUAUUGUGAAUCGAUUCCAGAAGAGAUGUGUGUGCAAUAUAAUUGAGCAACAUAACAGUGAUUUUCCAUUUAUGUUUUUUUUUCUCUCUUUCAGCUACAUAUAAUCAUCAUUAAUCAUUAUUAGCCAGAAUCAUGUAAUGAAAAAUCAAUAAGUUAUUGAUUUACAUAGUUUUUUUUUACUUUCGUUCAGCUGUGAUCACAAUAAUAUGAUAAAAUCAGCCAUGCAAAAUUUAACAAAAUCAAAUGAUAAUGAAUUAGAAUUCUGUGAUAACAUUGAUCUAUCCAUUUCGAUUGAAUCAAUCUAUGAAUCAGCAUCAGAAAUUGGUGAACAUUUUAAAAAACUUAUUCAAUUAUUUGGCGCUGAAACAUUUGAAAUAUUAAUUCCUUGUAUAGUACGUGUGCUAGAAAAUCUUGAAAAUGUAACUGUUCAACGUGAUAAUUGUUUGAAAUUAUUGGAAAAAUUAAAUAAACAAAUUUAUGAUUUACAACAAGAUCAUCAAAAACGUAAAAAUGAACAAUUAAAAUUUCAAUUAGAAAUUGAAGAUAUUGAUGAAUUAUGGAGAAAAGAGAAUGGUAAACUUGAACAAUAUAUAAAAUAUCUUGAAAAUGAAAAUAAUCGAUUAAGCUCAAUAAAAAAUGAUGAUAAUUUAUCUCGUUCAUUAAUGAAUUUAAAACCGGAAAAAGAGAUCAAUAUAGAAAAAUCAGCUAUUUUUCAUAAAAAUGAAAUCCAUAAUAAUACUGUUCAGCUAGAUAAACUUCGAACAAAAAUCAAAAUUCUUAAAAAUGAAAUAGAAUUAAAAAAUGAAGAAAAUGUUGAUCUAAGAAAAAAAUUAAACAAUUUGGAUAUGGAGAAUAAGAAUAUUAGAAAAAUUAUUUCAUCAUUAUUAGAUAAUAUUAUCUGUUUGAAUCAUGGUGAAACUUCUAACAAUAAUGAGAAUGAUGUUAAAUGGAAAGAAAAGAUUGCAAUACUUGAAGAAAAAUUAUUAAUCUACAAACAGCAAUUUGAAUCGGAACAUAAUGAUUUGAUCGAAAUAGCCAUCGAAAAAUUACAGCCAUCAGAAUCUGAUCGGAUUAAAAUGGAAGAUCUACCAGUACAAGGUCCUAUUCCCAAAGAACCAGAUGAAAAAUUAUUUUGGUCUCCUCGAAACAAUCAAAAUCGUAAUCGAAUUUGGUCAUUUUUUCCAAAGCUCUCAUUAAAUAAACUAAUCAAAUAGUCUUUUAUAAUAAAAUAUUUUAUAUUUACCAAUUAAAAGUGAGAAUAUG